AUGACCCUUAUUGAAUGGAAAGAGCAUAAAGGUUUUUGUCUUUCGCAUGAUGAGCCGGCGGUAGGAGAAAGUGAGCGCGAGCGAUUUAUCACCAAUGGUUUAGCGUGUUUACCAUGGGAUGCGUACACGCCUGACCUUGCCAAUGGAGGCAGCGAGCUUAUGGGCAUUGGAGGCGAAGUAGCUACGUUGAGUAUGCCGUGCAACAAAAAAUUAAGCAAACUGGAAAAACGGGAGUUGCGACAACUGAAGAAGAUCAAUGCUCAAAAGAAACGACAAAUGAAGCGCCAGGUUGAGCUCGACAAGUAUGGGGACGAAGUUGAAGCAAGUUUCAAACCAUAUUUGGCCAAGCAAGAAAUAAAGCAUAUUUAUACAAACGUCAUUUUGCACACAACAGAUACGGGAAAGAAUUUUCUUUCUAAAGGAGAAGAUUUCAAAGUUCUUCAGUAUCACUCAAUUGCAUUAUAUAAAUCAGAUCUAGAGCAUUUACUCCCCGGAGAAUGGCUAAAUGAUAACGAUAUUUCUUUUGUUUAUGAGCUUAUUAUACAACUAUUUAUCAAGCUGGAUCAAUGUCGAGAUUUUGCAAACCAAAUACAACUUCUUUUCCCGAGUUUAGUCCAGCUUUUACAGCAUUUCCCAGCCGACGAUAUCGAGAAUCUUUUACCUAUGGACGAUUUGAUCAAGCUGAGGUUUCUUUUUUUACCAAUUAGUUUUAUUGAUAAACCCAGCGUGGAGAUCGAUAUGGAAGAUGCCAACAAUGGAGACCAUUGGGCUUUGGGUGUACUAUCUCUCUUGGAUAAUAAAUUGUUUGUGUAUGAUUCAAUGAAGGUUGACAAUGACAUAAAUGGGGAUACGCAAUUGCAAGCACUAUGCAAAAGAUUGGAAAGCUGUUCAAAAUUGGUCAAGGGCAAAAUCAAGGUGGUACACAUGAAUUGUGACCAACAGAAGAACUUUGAUGACUGUGGAGUGUUUGUCAUUAUGUUUACGUGUUAUUUUAUAGGCCAAUUCCUAUUCCAUGAUGAGAUAUCAAUGGACAUAGGUAAAGUACAAUUCAACCCGUUAGAUGCUAGGUUGUAUAUUAUGAAGCUAAUUGCAAAAUUGACAAAUAGAAGCAAUGGCAAAUAG